AUGUUGGAGUACGGACCAGGAAGAAGCUUAGCGAUGCGGAUUCCUUCACAAAGUGCGGAGUUCCAGGACGCUGCAAGGGAAACGCUCCCGGUUCUAUUGCCGCGGAAGAAGCUUGCCUUUGCAUCUGCGAAAACAAAAUCCACAUACAAUUCCGUAUGUGUCGCGCGCAGCGCUGGUGACUUCAACCAGGAAAAGCGUCUUAGAAGGAAGCUGCGUCGUCAACUGCAACAAGACCGCGAUAACGAGUGGACGUCAAGAGCGAUGGAGUUUGAGAAGGCGUGGGAGGACAGGAACUCGCGGAAAGCCUACGCUCUACUAAAACAGUAUAGCGGCAAAAUGAAAAGAUGUUCCCAUGUCCUCAACACUGCUAAUGCACCGUCAGCUCCUGAACUCGAACACGUUCAUAGACCGACAUAUGCGGUUAACGAGGAGCCACCGACCGAGUCGGAGGUCCUGGUCUGUAUUCAGAAAAUGAAGAAUGGAAAAUCUGGUGGAGACGACGGGAUUAGCGCAGAAAUGCUAAAAUAUCUUCCUCCGUCUGGGAUUCGUGAGAUGACAAAGAUCAUCCGUUCAAUAUGGAUAAGCGAAAGGAUACCUGAUUCGUGGAGACACGCUAUCAUAAUUCCCUUCCACAAGAAGUUAUCCGUCACGGACCCAAGGAAUUAUCGAGGAAUCUCUUUGCUGCGUGUUAUGUACAAGGUACUGGAGCACAUUAUCCUGGACCGACUCAUUAAACAUCGCGAAGAAACAACGCGCGACAAGCAAGCUGGCUUUCGUCCUGGCCGAUCUACGAUUGACCAGGUGUUCAUCGUCAGGAGAGUGAUCGAAAUCUGGCAGCGGUAUUCGAAGCCAAUGCAACUAGCGUUUCUGGACUUUGAAGCCGCGCUCGACUCUCCUCACCGAGGCCGUCUUCUGAACGCGCUUCGCGCCGAUGGAGUACCAGGAAAGUUCGUUCGCUUGCUUGAUGACAUGAAUCAACGAACAACUGCUGCAGUUCGAACACCAGCCGGAUGUACAACACCGUUUGAAGUGGUAACUGGAGUAAGACAAGGGGCAGUGGCAGGACCUUUCCUGUUCAAUUUCGCAAUCGACGACAUUAUGCGAAGAACAGUCGACCAGUGUCCUGCCGACAUUGUCUUAGCACCAUCUGGGUGCCCCUUGACUGACCUCGAGUACGCCGACGAUGUUGUUAUAUUCGUGGAAAGCAGUACGAAACUUCAACAUGUUGUCAACUUUGUAUCGAAGCUGGGUGCAGCCUAUGGACUACGCCUACGCCCUGAUAAAUGCAAGCAGAUGUGGAUCUCUUCGAGACCACGAACGGGAAACAGGGUGGACGGACAACCGAUAGAACUCGUCGAUGAGUUCUGUUACCUAGGCUGUACGCUGAAGAACGAUGGCAGCUACGAGAAAGAUGUUCAGCAAAAGUGCGCUAAGGCCACUUCUGCAUUUAACUCCUUAACGAAAUGCCUGUGGUCGACCCCCAUCACCAACGAAGUCAAGCUGCGAGUCUACCUAUCCGCAAUUCGCCCCAUCAUGAUGUACGGAUCGGAAACUUGGGCAGCACCAUCAACGGUUAUGGAGAGGCUUGACUGCACGGAACGAAAGCUGCUUAGACGGCUACUUGGCUACUUUUGGCCUAGGGUAUGUCACAAUGAAGAUCUUUACGCAGAAAUUGAUGUGGUAUACCGGCGGAUGACACGUGGAAGACAUCAACAUCUUGCACCGCCAUCGAAAGUGGCUAAAGUAAAUCGUCUUCGCUUCUUUGGUCAUAUAUUAAGGAGACCGGCAGAUCGCCUUGUUCAACGAGUUUUGAGGAGUUCGUCGGGUUCGAGCUGGAAGAAGCCACCUGGCCGAAAACGGAAGUUCUGGACUGAGUCGGUGAAAGAGGACCUGAGGACACUCGGCGUGGAGAAGCAGUUCAGGCGAGACGUAAGGUUUCGCAGAAUAUGGAAUAGCGACGAAUGGAUUGAUUCUGUGCAAGCUCUCGCAGAAGAUCGAGAAGGUUGGGCAGAGCUGUGUUCAAGGACGGCACACCUCGGCGAAGAUGCGGGUAAUCGCAUUAGAGACACCGCCGAGAUUGCCAAGGAAAGCAAAAUAAGGUGGGAGGGACACGUGAUGCGUCUCAACGACAACCGUUGGACCAGAACAGUGACUGGGUCAAUCGCUUGCUUUGUUCUUUUUCUGGCUGGUUGGACUCAAGUUGGAGGGUUCACGCUCAGCAAAACUAAUUAUGAGUCAUGUACCGGAUGGCACGUAUUUAUGAAGACUCGCCACUGUUACAAAAUUUUCCGAUAUACAACAAAUUGGAAUAAGGCAAAAGAGUUUUGUGAAAGUAUUGGUGCUCAUCUCGCGGUAGCUAACUCUCUCGAAGAAUUCGAGUUCAUGAAAAUAUUACAACUACUGAGCUUCAAUAAGUACAGAACAUGGGUUGGACUUUAUCGUGAUGCCACGUCCAACCGUGGUUGGAGGUGGAUAGACGGUUCGACACAAAUGUUUUACGUUUGGAACGAAGGCGAACCAAACAACUUACGUGGACAAGAAAAUUACGGAAAUCUGGAGCCUAACGGCCUAAUGAACGACAAUCGUGUUGAUGCGUGGGGACACAAUUUGGCUGUUAUGUGCGAGUCGGAAAAUUGCGGUGAUGGCCUCCAAGCAAACUAA